AACCCAACCGUUCAAACUGUCGCUCAAACCCGCAGCGCGUGAAUCACCCUCCGCACCCAUCUGAGAAAAACUCUUCAAAAAUUCUGGGUAGCUAUUCCCCAUCUUAGAUCACUGCUUUUGAUUUAUGCGAUUCACAUAGAUGCACAAAAUCCCCCAAUUCGUUCGGAUUUGGUGAAGGAAAAUACAAGCUUUAUUAUCAGUUAAAACGCUUUUUAGUUUCAGAUCUUAGUUGUGCACUGAAGAAGAUCGAAUCGAUUUUGAACUAAACUCGUUUGAUCUUCGACGCUGUUCAGCUGAAGAAGAACUGGUUAUUUCGGGAAAUUUCUGCAGAUGUGUUCUGAUUCAAGGUGAUUUUAUUGUUAGCCCCUUUUUGAAUCUUAUGGGGAAAUAUGCAAUGCCGGAUUCGGCCGUUUGAAUACAUUGUUCGUGUGACACGGUUCGGGUUUUCCGUCUGAAUCUGAGUGAUCAAUUUUGAGAAAUUGCUUCUGAUUUUUGUUUUUAGGGAUUUGGGGUAGUAAUCAGGUGAAUAUAUUUCUGUAUACUUUUUCGUUUUUCUAUUGGAGGAUAGAUUUUGACGUAGUUGGAGGAGAAGAAAAUGUUUUGGAGGGAAAGGGAAAGGGAGAACAAAGAUCCUAAUGGUGGUCCUCCUGUUGGUCAAGUCAGAGUUCUUGUUGUGGGAGAUUCAGGCGUGGGGAAAACUUCUCUUGUUCAUCUGAUAAUGAAAGGUUCUUCCAUCGCUCGCCCUCCUCAAACUGUUGGCUGUACUGUUUCUGUCAAGCAUACAACUUAUGGAAGUGCUGCCAGCUCAUCAAAUAGCAUCAAAAGUGACACAGAGAGAGAUUUUUUUAUCGAACUUUGGGACAUAUCAGGACAUGAACGCUACAAAGAUUGCCGGUCCCUAUUCUAUUCUCAAAUCAAUGGUGUGAUUUUUGUUCACGAUUUUUCGCAAAGAAGGACAAAGAGUAGCUUGCAGAAAUGGGCUGCUGAGAUAGCAGCAAAUGGGACGUUUUCAGCUCCUUUAGCAUCUGUGGGCCCCGGUGGGCUUCCAGUUCCUUUUCUUGUGAUCGGUAAUAAAGCCGAUAUUACUUCAAAAGACGGAACUCGUGGAAGCAGUGGCAAUCUCGUAGAUGUAGCGCGUCAAUGGGUUGAAAAACAAGGGUUGCUUCCAUCGAGUGAGGAACUUCCUUUAACCGAAAGUUUCCCUAGCGGUGGAGGCCUUCUAGCUGCUGCAAAGGAAGCCAGAUACGACAAGGAGGGUGUGAUGAAAUUUUUCCGAACGUUGAUAAGGAGGAGAUACUUCUCAGAUGAACUGCCUGGUGCAAACCCAUGGUCAACCCAAGUCAAUCGAUCAUUGCAACAAUCAAGUGAGAUCACAAGUGACGAAGACCAGCUCUAUAAAAGUGUGAUUGACGAUCCGUACAAGUACAAUACGCUUCCUCCACUGCCAGCUCAGCGAAAUUUAACACCGCCACCGACACUUUACCCGCAGCAGCCUAUGUCUACACCAGAUAAUUACAGCAUACCGAGAUUUGCAUAUACAAGCUCUCAUCAAGAAACAGCUACUGCAAGAUCUAAGCGUUCGGAUAUUAAUGUGUAGUAAUCUCGUGUUUCAAUGGAUUGAUAGUGUUGUGUUUUUUCGGAGACCUCUUCAAAAAAAAAAAAAAAAACAAAAAAAAGAAAUUAUUCUUCUUUUUUUCUAGUUGAAAGAGUGUGUACUUUCUUGGUUAAAAUGUUUGAAAACUGCUUGUAGUUAUAUAUAUAUAUAUAAAUAUAUAUUCUUUAUGCCAUGUUUUAUUUUGGCAUUUACAGUAUUAGUUGUCUGAUGCUAUUGGUUUCAGUUCCUUGUGCUAAGGACACUAGUCUUUGUAAAAAAGAGAAACUGUGGAUUUCAUCUCUAUCUUUGUAUAAUUAUAUAAAGAGCCCUUAACUUC